AUGUCGAAUAAGGUGAAUAGUAUGACGUCGUCGAGGCCGGAGCUGAUAUUUCUAGAUGAGUCGCUCGCCGAUGGCGAGACGAUUCAUGAAAUGAUGGCGCAUAAGGGCGGAAUCACAUAUAACGACUUCAACAUUCUACCGGGAUAUAUCAAUUUUUCUGUUCACGACGUUUCUUUGGAAACGAAGCUCACGAAAGAUUUGACGAUCAAAGCACCACUUGUAUCAUCUCCAAUGGAUACUGUAACUGAAAGCGGAAUGGCGAUUGUGAUGGCGCUUUAUGGUGGAAUUGGAAUUAUUCAUGGCAAUUUUCCGAAGCCUGAAGAUCAAGCUGCUGAAGUCCUGAAAGUCAAGAGAUUCAAACAAGGGUAUGUUAUGCAGCCGCAUUGCCUUCGUCAUGAUUCAACGGCUUUCGACAUGAUACAGAUUAAGAAGAAUUAUGGAUAUACUGGAGCGCCGGUAACCGAAGAUGGACGAGUUGGAUCGAAGCUGAUUGGAAUGGUGACAUCUCGAGACUUCGAUUUUAUCACAAUGGAUGUGACGGGGCAGAAGCAGACGCCGAUUUCCGAUACCGACGUCACACCGGACACGCCGAUCACGAAAAUUAUGGUCCCUGUUGAUCAACUCAUUCUGGGCCAUAUCAACGAUCCGCCGGAGGCCGCGCAGAAAAAAUUGAAGGAGCAUCGACUUGGUAAAUUGCCAAUAGUCAAUGAUAAUGGCGAAUUGUGCGCUCUCUUGUGUCGCUCUGAUCUACUUAAGGCCAGAGACUACCCGAUGGCGUCAUACGACUCAAAGGGACAGCUUUUGUGUGGAGCCGCCGUGAAUACACGAGAAUCCUCGAGAGCUACUGUUGAUCUUCUUGUUGAAGCUGGAGUUGAUCUCAUCGUUAUUGAUUCUUCAAAUGGAACAUCGACAUAUCAGAUUGAUAUGUUGCAAUGGAUCAAAAAGACGCAUCCACAUAUUCAGGUGAUCGCUGGAAACGUCGUCACCAGAAUGCAGGCGAAAUGUCUGAUUGAUGCUGGAGCAGACGGGCUUCGUGUCGGUAUGGGAAGCGGCUCGAUUUGUAUCACGCAAGAUAUUAUGGCUGUUGGUCGUGCUCAGGGAACGGCGGUUUACGAUGUUGCACGUUAUGCCAACCAAUUCGGAGUUCCCGUCAUCGCUGAUGGCGGUAUUAAGGAUGUUGGAUAUAUCACCAAGGCAAUUUCACUUGGCGCAUCGGUUGUGAUGAUGGGAGGGCUUCUCGCGGCGACGACAGAAGCUCCAGGAGAAUACUUCUGGGGGCCCGGAGGUGUUAGAGUCAAGAAAUAUCGCGGAAUGGGUUCUCUUGAUGCGAUGGAAGCACAUGCUUCCAGUCAGGAUCGAUAUUUCACAGCAGAAACUGAUCAGAUCAAGGUUGCUCAGGGCGUCUCGGCGACUAUGAAGGAUCGCGGAUCAUGCCACAAGUUCAUUCCAUAUUUGAUUCGCGGUGUUCAACACGGAAUGCAAGAUAUUGGAGUUAAAUCGAUCAAGGAGCUCAGGGAGAAGGUUGAUAAUGGAAUUAUUCGAUUUGAGAGAAGAUCGACAAAUGCGCAACUCGAAGGAGGAGUUCAUUCGCUUCACUCAUUCGAAAAACGUCUUUACUGA